GCCAUGGAAUGUUGGGGCUUGCAUCCUGGCAACAAGCAGCAGCUCCUGGCUAUUGGGGUUUGGACCCUGGAGCUGUCAACAGCUCGUGAAUUUUGGGGCUUGGACCUUGCAAAGGCCAACGGCACUUUGAUAUUGUGCUAUUGACCCUGCAAAGGCCAAGAACCUUUGAAUAUUGGUGUUUACAUCUUGCAAAGGCCAAGGGCCUUUGGUCACUGGGGUUUAGACCCUAGAAAGGCCAAGGGCCUUUGGAUAUCGGGGUUUGAACCCUGCAAAGGCCAAGGGCCUUUGGAUCUUGGGGUUUGAACCCUGCCAAGGCCAAGGGCCUUUGGUCACUGGGGUUUAAGCCCUGCCAAGACCAAGGGCCUUUGGUCACUGGUAUUUUCUCGCUUCUUGUGGAAGGGGCAGAUGGAGACCCGGCGGGGAGCUCGAGGGCUUUCUCACCAGGGACGUUCCUCCAGAGCCCCUGAGGUGCUGGUAGACAACCGUGACAGCAUGGCCAAUUCCAACAUCUGCACCGACAAUCCUGGGAACAUCCUCUCAACUCAGACAUCCACUGACAAACAGCAUCCCUGUCAAUUGGUUCGGGAAGCUACAGAGAAUUGUGUGCGCAUGUGGCAACAAUUUGAUCAAAUGGAGGAGAGUACCCAGAGGAUCGGAGGCCAAUACCAGCUCAUAGACACUCUGCUAGAAGAAAUCAGAAGUGACUGUGCAAACCUUGAGAAGUCCAGGGAAAUGCUGCUGCAAUGCACUGGAAUCCCGGAGCCAGGAGCCUUGCGUCUGCACCAGCAGAACACCAAACAGCGGAAGGAAGCGUCAGCCCAGGAGGAAAAGGCAGAGCAGCAGGACUGGAUGGAGGUUUCCCAGGAGGAGGAUUCAUCAAGCUGGUCUCUGGAGCAGCUGAGCUGGGAAUCCUCUGACCAAGGGCACGCAGCAGCCCAGGCAUGCAGAGAGGAGGAGCUGCUGGGCCAGAAGGCUGAGCUUGAGGGCCGACUGGCAGCCACAGAGUGGCUCCGACAAGAUCUUUCCAGGCAGCUGGCAGAGACCAGAUCAGCAAAGGAGAGCCUGCAAUCCAGGCUGCUUGCUGCUCAGCAGCAGAUAGCUCAGCUGGAGAUCUCCAGGAACCAUCUGGAGGCUCAGGUGCUCACAGUCACACAGGACAAAGUGGUGAUAGAAGGACAAGUGAAAUGCCUGCAAGGUGAGCUGGAAGCAGAGAGAGCUCUCAGGAAGGAGGAACAGGAAGACACAGCUCAAGAACUCCUGCAGGCACAGCAGCAGCAUCACAAAAGCCUCAGGCCUCAGGGAACAGCUCAGCAAGUGGAAAUAAAGAAGCUCCUGGAAGACCUGGCAGGUGAACGUGAAAGGCACCGUGCAGAGAUGCAGGAGAUGCUGGAGCAAUGGGAAAAAGAGAAGGCAGAGAGAAAGAGGGAGCACAAGGAGGUGCUGUUGGAGAUGAGACAGAAAGUAGCUACCUUGCUGGCUCAACAAGAAGAAUUAAUGAGAUUUGAAAAUGCCAAGCGAGAGGUCCUGCUGGAAGAGCAGAAGGAGAAGAGUGCUUUAUCAGAGGCACUGCUCCAAACUCAGGGAGAGCUCAGCCGAGCCCGCCAGCAGGUCCAGCAGCUCAGGCAGGAGGUGCAAGAGCAGCAAGAGAAGGGGCAGCUAAGUACCAUCAAGGCAAAUCUGCAAGCUGAGCUGCAGGAAGCUCGCAGUGAAGUCCAGGCAGCAGAGAGGAGGCACAAGGAAGAGCUGCAAGGCCUCAAAGAGGAAAUGAAUCUGCUCCUUGAGCAGAGGGAGGCUCUACAAAAGCAGGUGGCAGAGUUGACAUCGCAGCUGGCAGCCUGCCGAGAGUGCCAGGAAAAGACUGUGCACAGAGCCCAGCAAGAUGUGAGGGAGGCCCAGCAAGAGUCCAGGCAGAAGCUCUCGGAGGUUGAGCAUGUCCAGAAGCUGCUGGAGGAGGCAGAACAUCAGAAGAAGGAGCUGCAAGCACAUCUGCAGGACUUGGGGAGGGAAAGAAGUCGAUGGGAAGAAGUGGCACAGGAGAAUUCAGAAUUGCAGACUUCCGUCAAUGCCCUAGAGAGGGAAAAAGCCAGGCUGAUUCUGACUCUGGAGGAAAAGAACCUGUGCCUCAGAAGACUGGAAGAACAGAACUUGGUGCUGAAAAAUUCCGUAUCUCAGUGUCAAUCUGCUCUUCAGGAGACAGAGCAGCUCUAUUCUGAGCAUAGAAGAGAAUUGAUGGCGCUCAACACCCGGUUCUUGGCUUGA